AUGGAGGAUCUUUAUAUUGAACUGAGAGCUAUGCUGCAGAGCUUGGAUCUCCAGAUGACAUCUCAGUUCCACAGCCUAUGGUCUGUGAUCAGAAGCGAUCAGAGAAGUAAGGAGAUGUCCGCUGCUGAAUUGGCUGAGACUAAGGAUAUUACACGGGUGCUUCCAAGAUCAAGUGCCGUGCAACAAGAGGAGAUGGAAAGUGAACUGAGCGGUAUAGCUGUAGAUGAACAGCUGCUAGUGGGGGCAGAUGAGGUUGGCUGUCCGACGUUGCAACAGGAUCUACAUGGGGACUUGGUGUCAACUGGGACCCCUCUAACACUACAGAUACUAAGUCCAGUGUGCAUGACAGUGACUCAGUAUUCAGAAGCCUGCUCGCUCCUAAUGGGUAAUCAUGGGAAUCGCUACAGCGAUCAUUUAAAGAAUAUUUUCAGCAACUGUCCUGGGGAAAUUGAGGGAGAAAAGAACAUUGCAAAUUUUUCAACUCCAAUCAGUGACCUUCAAAAAAAGAUAAAUGAAGUCUUCGACAAAAUUCAACUAAUUGUUCCCAAUGCAACAUUUACCUACUUAAAUAGAACUACAAAUGGGGAAAAGAGCAAGAUUUUUAUUGCAAGCCCGAGACAAAAAUAUUGCAUAGGAGAAGAGUUUGUGAUUCAAAUUGACAUGUAUGAUCACCUAGGAAGAAGGAAAGGAUAUGGAGGGGACUUCAUUAGGGCACGUAUUUUUUCUGAUGAACGCAAAGCCAGUGUAUGUGGAAGAGUGGAAGACUUUAAUAAUGGGAGCUACCAUGUGCAUUUCCCUUUGUACUGGGAGGGCCAGGUCAAGGUGUCUGCCAAGUUGUUUCAUCCCAGUGAAGGUAUUUCAGCUCUCUGGAGAGCUAGACAUGCCAGUCUUGGAGUUCUUGGCUUUGAAGGCAAAUUUGUUAGUCGUAACCAAGAAGCCACCACUAAAUGUGGUUUUAAACUCAACACAGACAAGGAGGUUUGUGAAUAUGUAGAUCCAGAUGAUGAGAAUGCAUUCUACUGUAUCAAGCCUGAGAAGUUACCAUGUGACUCUCUACAUGACAUGAAAUCAUUUGACAUUCAUCUCUCAUACUUGAGCAAGGAGGAACAACAGAUGUUUCAGAGGUCCAAUAUUGGAGUUGAAAUACCAACACAUUUCAAGUUCAUAGAUGUCGUGAGUUGUAACAAAAUGGAAACCAAUUCAAAACCAAAAUGUCAGACAGGAAUGAGCUCUCCAUUUCCCAGUGGAUAUUUUUUGAAUGAUCUCUGGAUCCCUGUUUACUGUAAUAUGACUCCUUAUCGAAAUGGGGAGGAUUAUAUUAGAUGUCUUCAUGGGAAGAAGCUGUUCCUUAUAGGGGACUCCACAAUACGUCAGUUCAUCAUGCACUUUACUGAAGGCAAUAACAUAGUAAAGUAUUUUGGAUACCGUGGAAAAGGAUUUAGCCAAUGGCAAAAUACCCUACUGGCGUUAAACAUGGAGAAAGAUAUUUAUGUGUCCUUCAAAAGACAUGGAUUCCCACUGGAAAGCUCCAUAUUCUACUACUUCCAAGAGGAUAUGUACACAAGCCGUCAAAUUGACAUGCAAGGUGGGGGGAAAGAUACCAUAAUCAUGAUUACCAUGGGACAGCACUUCAGACAGUUUCCUCUUCACCUGUUCAUCAAACGAGCCAUUAAUAUACGCAGAGCUAUAGAACGCCUGUUCCUCAGGAGCCCAGACACCAAAGUAAUCAUCAAAACAGAAAACAUCAGAGAAAUAACCAAUAUGGUGGAAAGACUUGGAGACUUCCAUGGAUACUGCCAAUAUCUUGUGCUUAGGGAAGUUUUCAAAGGACUAGAUGUUGGUUUUGUGGAUGCCUGGGAUAUGAGUGUUUCAUCAGGUAUUGAAAAUGUUCAUCCUCCUGGAAACUUACUUGAAAAUAUUAUGAGUCUGAGUUUCACAUUUGCGUGUUUGUAAGGAAAAAUAAAGAUAAUUCCUGCCUUACAUAUAUAGGCCUAGAUUACAAAUGUAA